AUGCCCAAGAGAAGGCCCCCAAAUAGACAUAUUAGAUCACACGAUAAGCUAGUAUCAGCAACUGCGUCUUCCUUUUCUGAAAGUACAGUUUCAGUCAACACUGCAUCAGAGACAGCUAUUAAUCAGCAUGAAUCUAUCCAAGAGUCAUCUACAACAGCAACUGAUCAGCAUGAAUCUGUCCAAGAGUCAUCUACAACUGUUAAAGCACCAGAGAUAAAUGGCCAUGAUUAUUUAGGAACACUUUCUGACAAGCAGAGUUUCCAGCAUUUUGGUGAUUUAACUUCAAAUGACCCAGAUUUCUGGGAUUUUUUCCAGUCUGUUCAAAGAGACUCAAAAAUUUACCAAGAAAUGUGUUCAAAAAAUCAGAUCUUCAAUAUGGAAGUCAUACAGCAAAAUAAGCAGUUAUUUAACUUUUACACGGGCUUGGACCUUGAUGUUUUCAACUCAUUAUUUACAUAUCUACAACCAAAAGCUUCAUCUAUGCAGUACUUCCAUGGUGAAAGAACAACAUAUGUCCAACCAUUUAAUCUGGACGGCUACGGUGUGAAGAGAAAGCCUGGUGUCACUAGACAACUCAGUCUGCGAGAGGAAUUCUUCAGUGUAUUGUAUCGUUUACAAACAGGACACUUACUUGAAGAAUGCAGUCUUCGUUUUGGUGUGAGCUCCAGUCAGUUCUCCAGAAAUUUCACAACCUGGAUCAACCUCUUAUCUGUGGAACUGGAACUUUUAUGUAAAAAUGCAGAGCCAGAAGAAGAUGUUGGACUUGCAAGUUGCUUCAAACCAUUUUCAAACUUAAGAGUAAUUCUGGACUGUACAGAACUGUUCAGUGAAACACCUUCCAGUGUGGAGUACCAUAAACAGACUCGCAGCAAUUAUAAACAUCACUUAACAAUAAAAUUUCUAGUUGGAAUCCAUCCCUCAGGGGCUGUUACAUAUAUCUCAAAAGCUUAUCCUGGAAAGUCAUCAGACAAACAGAUCACACAAGAAAGCCAGGACCUUCUGGGCUCUCUUAUACCAGGACAAAAAGUCAUGGUGGACAGGGGCUUUACGAUUGAAGAGGAUCUACCUUGUGGUGUUAAAUUAGUAAUUCCUUCUUUCAAGGGUGCAAGCAGACAACAAUUUACUGCAAAUGAACUAUCAAAGUCGAAGGUCAUCUCCAGAGCACGGGUUCAUGUAGAACGAUGUAUGCGUAGGAUAAAGUCUUUCAACAUCCUAAGACAAGAACAUAAACUAUCGCAAGUAGAUGUUUACGAGCAAAUAUUCAAAACCUGUGCCUACCUUGUGAAUUUUCAGAAUCCCUAUUUGAAGUCAGAUGAAUAA